GUUGCGCGGUGAGGUCAGUGCGGAGCCGCUAUCGGUCCCUCCCGCUGCCCCUCGGUCUUUAUCUGCCCCGCGGAGGCCCCCGACCCAGCCCCCCCGGUGCGACGCGGAGGAGACGCCUCCCCCCCUCCGGGCCCCACGGCGCCCGGUCCGGCGGGAGGGUGGAGAGCGCGCGGCCUGUCCCUCAGAUCUUUCUUUCAAUAAUAAAAGCUGCAGAAAUGAAGGUGAGAGGGUAACAACUGUGAAGAAAAACAGAACACAUAAAGGGUCAUCUCUGCUUCAAGAGUGCCUGGUGAGGAAUGCGAUGGGAUCAAUAGCAUGUCUGUGGAGAGCGGCCCUGGGACAAGACUGAGAAAUUUACCAGUAAUGGGGGAUGGACUAGAAACUACACAAAUGUCUACAACACAGGCACAGACCCAACCCCAACAAGGCAAUAUUGUAGGCACUAACCCCCCUCCACCAGAGACCUCCAACCCUAACAAGCCCAAACGACAGACCAACCAACUGCAGUAUCUACUCAAAGUGGUGCUCAAGACACUAUGGAAACACCAGUUUGCGUGGCCUUUCCAUCAUCCUGUGGACGCUGUCAAGCUAAACCUCCCUGAUUAUUAUAAGAUUAUUAAAACUCCUAUGGACAUGGGAACAAUAAGGAAACGUUUGGAGAAUAACUACUACUGGAAUGCUCAAGAAUGUAUCCAGGACUUCAAUACAAUGUUUACAAAUUGUUACAUCUACAAUAAGCCAGGGGAUGACAUAGUCUUAAUGGCAGAAGCUCUAGAAAAGCUUUUUCUGCAGAAAAUCUCUGAAAUGACUGAGGAAGAAACUGAAAUUGUAAUAGUCCAGGCAAAAGGAAGAGGACGUGGGAGGAAGGAAGCAGUUACACCCAAGCCAGGAGCAUCUACGGUACAAAAUGUAACUCAAGCAUCAUCCCCAGCUCAGACGCAGGCCCCACAACAGAAUCUUCAGUCUGUGCAAACAACUCAUUCCUUUCCUUCUGUGACCCCUGACCUUAUUGUCCAGCCGCCAGUAAUGACAGUGGUGCCUCCUCAACCACCUGCACCUCCUCCCCCUCCUCCCCCACCUUCUGUUCCCCCAACCCCUGCUCCCCAGCCCAUUCAGGCACACCCACCUGUUAUCCCAACAGCUGCACAGCCUGUGAAGACAAAAAAAGGAGUGAAGAGGAAAGCAGACACCACAACGCCAACAACAAUAGAUGCAAUCCACGAAUCCUCCUCGCUGCCCACUGAACCCAAGUCUGCCAAGAUGGGCCCCCGAAGGGAAAGCAGCCGGCCAGUGAAACCUCCAAAGAAGGAUGUUCCGGACUCUCAGCAGCAUGUGGUAGAAAAGAGUAACAGUAACAAAGUGUCUGAGCAGUUAAAGUAUUGCAGUGGCAUCAUCAAAGAGAUGUUUGCCAAGAAGCAUGCUGCCUACGCAUGGCCCUUCUACAAACCUGUGGACGUGGAAGCACUGGGACUGCAUGAUUAUUGUGAUAUCAUUAAACAUCCCAUGGAUCUGAGCACAAUCAAAGCACAGCAGAGAGGCAAAGGAUUGAAUGAGCCAUGGAGACAGAACUAUCCUCACCUCUGGCUCCUUCAGACAAAAAUUGAGUCUAAACUGGAGAACCGGGAAUACAGAGAUGCUCAGGAAUUUGCAGCAGAUGUCCGAUUGAUGUUUUCCAAUUGUUACAAAUACAACCCUGCUGAUCAUGAGGUGGUAGCUAUGGCACGGAAACUGCAGGAUGUUUUUGAGAUGCGCUUUGCUAAAAUGCCAGAUGAACCUGAAGAACCCAUGAUUCCAGCCUCCUCUCCAGUAGUGGUGCCACCCCCAACCAAGGUGGCCCCCCCUUCGUCCAGCGAUAGCAGCAGUGAUAGCUCCUCCGAUAGCGAUAGCUCAUCAGAUGAUUCUGAGGAGGAACGAGCUCAGCGACUAGCAGAACUCCAGGAACAGCUUAAAGCAGUGCAUGAACAGCUCGCUGCCCUGUCCCAGCCACAGCAGAGCAAACCAAAGAAAAAGGAGAAAGACAAGAAAGAAAAGAAAAAAGAGAAGCACAAAAAGAAGGAAGAAGUAGAGGAGAAUAAGAAAAGUAAAACCAAGGAACCACCACUCAAGAAGGCCAAGAAAAAUAAUAGCAACAGCAGUAACUCAAGUAGUAAGAAGGAGCCUGUGAUGGUGAAGAACAGCAAACCCCCUCCUGUCUACGAGUCUGAGGAGGAGGACAAGUGUAAGCCAAUGUCCUAUGAGGAAAAGAGGCAGCUGAGCCUGGACAUUAAUAAACUUCCUGGUGAGAAACUGGGCCGAGUUGUCCAUAUCAUCCAGUCAAGAGAACCCUCGCUUAAAAACUCCAAUCCUGAUGAGAUUGAAAUUGACUUUGAGACAUUAAAGCCAUCCACGUUGCGGGAGUUGGAGAGAUAUGUAACAUCAUGUUUACGGAAGAAGAGGAAACCUCAAGCAGAGAAAGUGGAUGUAAUUGCUGGUUCCUCUAAAAUGAAGGGGUUCUCCUCCUCAGAGUCUGAGAGCACCAGUGAAUCCAGCUCCUCCGACAGUGAAGAUUCAGAAACAGAAAUGGCACCAAAAUUGAAGAAGAAAGGGCACUCUGGGAGAGAGCAAAAAAAGCAUCACCACCACCACCAUCAGCAGGUGCAGCAGCAGCAGCAGAUGCAACCACUGCCUCCACAGCCUGUCCCUCAACAAGCACCGCCUCCGAUGAAGUCUUCUCCCCCUCCUUUCGUACCUGCACAGGUCCCCAUCAUGGAGCAUCCGCUCCCAGGGAACAUGUUUGACACUAUCACACAUUUCACCCAGCCCAUCAUGCAUCUUCCUCAGCCAGAGAUGCCACCCCAUCUCCCCCAGCAACCUGAGCAUAGCACUCCUCCUCACUUGAACCAACAUGCAGUAGUCUCUCCUCCAGCUUUGCACAACGCUCUGCCUCAGCAGCCAUCGAGACCCAGUAAUCGAGCCGCAGCACUACCCCCUAAGCCUUCGCGUCCUCCAGCAGCGUCACCAGCCAUAAGCCAGCAGCCCAUGCUCCCCCAGCCGCCUUUGCCUCAGCCUCCCCAGGUCCUCCUGGAGGAUGAGGAGCCUCCCACGCCUCAUCACAGCCUGCCUCUGAGCACCAGCCAGAUGCAGCUCUACCUUCAACAGCUGCAGAAAGUGCAGCCGCAGACUCCUCUCCUCCCUUCAGUGAAGGUCCAGUCGCAGCCUCAACCACCCCUUCAGCCUCCUGCUCAUCCCUCAGUACAACAGCAGCAGCAGCAGAGGCCGAUGCACAUGCAGCCCAUGCAAUUCCCUCCUCAUAUCCCUCAGCCUCAGCCACCUCCACAGCAGCAUCCACUCCCGCAGCCAGCUAAACCUCAGCAAGUCAUCCAGCACCACCCAUCACCACGGCACCAUAAGCCCGACCCCUACUCAACUGGUCACUUGAGGGAAGCGCCUUCCCCUCUCAUGAUGCAUUCCCCACAGAUGCCCCAGUUCCAGGGUCUGGGCCACCAGUCACCACCUCAGCAAAAUAUCCAGCCGAAAAAACAGGAGCUGAGAGCACCCGCUGUCGUACAAUCCCAGCCCAUGGCGGCAAAGGAAGAGAAGAUGCAUUCACCAGUCAUCCGAAACGAAACAUUCAGCCCCACGUUGCGACAGGAACCUCCCAAGCACCCAGAGAGCAUCAAACCCCCUGCACAUAUCCAGCAAAGAACAGAAAUGAAACCAAUGGAGGGUGGGCGGCCUGUAAUCAGACCCCCUGAGCAGAAUGUGCCGCCACCUGGAGUACAGGACAAAGACAGACAAAAACAGGAACUGAAAACACCCGUCGCCCCUAAAAAGGAUCUGAAAAUAAAGAACAUGGGCUCGUGGGCAAGCUUGGUCCAGAAACCCCUCACGACUCCAUCCUCCACAGCAAAGUCCUCCAGCGAUAGCUUUGAGCAUUUCAAGAGGGCAGCGCGGGAGAAGGAGGAGCGGGAGAAGGCGCUCAAAGCUCAGGCAGAACAGGUGGAAAAGGAGAAGGAGCGGCUGAGGCGGGAGCAGGAAAGGAUGAGGAGUCGUGAUGAUGAGGAUGCCCUGGAGCAAGCUCGCAGAGUUCAGGAAGAAGUCCGAAGACGCCAGGAGCAGCAGCAGCAGCAGCAGCAGGUGUCAGCUGCAGCCUCUGCGCCCCAAGCACAGAGCUCUCAGCCACAGUCCUCUCAGUCUAUGCUGGAUCAGCAGAGAGAGAUGGCCAGAAAACGGGAGCAGGAGCGAAGGCGCAGAGAGGCGAUGGCAGCUACUAUCGACAUGAAUUUCCAGAGCGAUUUGUUGGCAAUAUUCGAAGAGAAUCUUUUCUAAUAGCGCCUGGUUUUCUUCUCCUGACUCUUUAAUUUCCCGGCGAAUCUUUGACUCUCCAUAGUGUUAAUGGCGGCUGGGAGGGGGAGCAUUCCUGCAGCCCUUCUGCAUGUCUGACCAUUGCAGAUCUUUCAGUCGAGGCCUCCGAAGGAUCAGCAGAGUCUGCCUUACAGUUUGACUUUUGCCCCCCCUCACACACUGAAGAAAGACUGACCAAGACAAGCCAACUACGUACUAGGUUUGAUUGGACAUGCAGCUGCUGGGAAGGGUGCCCUGAUCACUCGACAUUCUCUAUGCCAAACGUAUUCACAGUAUAUCCAGGACUUCAUGUUCUUCACACCUUUUCUAUCCAUAAAGGUUCUAAGUUACAGAAUAUCUAUGAAUAAACAGUGCUGUGUCAUGACAGCAAGAGAUGCUCUUCACUGAGAGGCUGCCUAUGGGAGUAUCCUGGCAAGAAUGGGAGCCCUGGGGUCCAGCUGGGAAAAUACACAAGCUGUGUCUGGUCCUUUCAUCACUGGCUUUGCCUUUAACUUAACUUCCCACAAGCCUUUAGCUGGGAGCCAUUCUCUGUAAGUGUUCGCUUGUGAAAAAGGGAAUAGUACAGUGGAGGUGUCAAGUGUAACUGGCCAUUUGAGUGAGGUUUUUGUUUUAGCAUUGUGUGGAGGUCCGGGAAUUGGAGCUAGACUACCAACCAAAGUCAGUUUCUUUCAGUCUGUUUUUUUCCUCCAGGCAGUUUGUUACUGCUCAGCUCUUGACUGGGUAUUAAUUGUCUCUUUGUUAUAGAGUGGAGUGGAGAAACCAGUAACACCAGGGGAAGCUACCACCCUGUCACUAGUGUUUGACUGUGGCUGUAUUGUAUAGUGACUAUAGUUGGCAUAUAUUUGUUUGAGGGUUUUGGUGGGCCACCAAACUCGGUGUAAAAACACUGCUUAUAUUUUGCUCAGUUUCAAACUUUUAGUCUAUAUUUUUAACUGUAAAACCAGAAAGCUGCAUUUUGGUUUUUUUUAAAUGUCAUAAAAUAUGAUUAAAAAAAAAAAGUUUUUAUACCUAAAAGAAGUGGCGGAGAGGAGGGCAAGAGGAGGCGGCAGUUUUGGAAAGGCUCCUUCCACCACCUAUCAAAUCUCACUCACUAGCAGCAGGCGCUUUCCCAUGCGCCUUCAGUGUUCUUUUAAUUUUAUUCUAUGAACUGUUAAAACGUUAUGUGCCAUAAAUACCCACUAUACAGUACAAUACUGGUGUGUCAGUAUGGGGUGAGCGCUGGAGUAAUUGAUUGGUUUUACUUUAAUACGGUGAAUAUGCAUUUGGUCUGUACUGAUCAUGGAAUAAACUCAUCUCUUUUUUUUUAAAAGAUGGUGUCGUACUGACAUUUCUUUGAAUCCUAUUUGUGAUUAAGUUGUUUAAAGGGGUGAGGAUUGUUGAGGAAAGGUUGUCCCUAUCUCCUGACUGUGCUCUAGGGGAAAGGAAGGAGUUCUCACGCUCCUGUCCCCAUCCUGAGGGGAAGCUUGUCCUAGGUAGCCAGUGUGCAUUUUCCCUCCUAAACGAGGGCUAGGAGAGCUGCCAUGCUAAAGCAACACAAUCCUGGACAAGGUGUAGUGAGGCUGAACUUGUGUGAAGGCUUCAUCCUGCUGUUGGCCCCCCUCUCUCACCCAGAGGGCGCAUCAGGACCCCAAGCACUGACACCCACAGCGUCUCAGACAACCAGCGCAGUCCCUUCCCAGUUUCUGAGAUUGUGAUGCAGACGUAGCUGACACUAUGUAAAGCAAGCACAAGAGCCUGACUAACUCCAGAGGUGACGUUUGUCCCACUGAGCAAGAGCUGGGAUUCUCCAAGCCUUGGCCAAGCUAUUCAUUUUGAGAGCUGAUGGCUUCCAUUGAUACUUGCUUUCUGAGGUUUGAAUGUGGGGGUUGGAUGACGGGGUGGGAGGGCCUUCUCUUCACAUUCCAGACCUAGUUCAGUGUGAGAACUGGGUGCAGCUAUCCCUGGGAAGAUCCAGUCAGGACAGGGGACAGAUUAGCCGGCACUAGUAUGGAUAAACUCCACUUUGCUAUUGUCUCCGUGACCAAGCAAGCGUUGAAAUAGCAGCCUCAGGUUGUAGGGUUUGACCGUCUGCCAUAAGCUGACUUCAGUGUUUUCUAAGCUACUUUCUUGUCAUCCCUUAUAGCUCUCUGCUGCCAGUGGGGAGGGGAAUAAGUUUAAAAGAAAUCAGCCUGUUAAGUUUCUCUUAGCUAACAUGAUCGACCUAGUGAUGUGUGAGCCGGCUGGGGUAGUGGGGAGGCUGCAAGAAAGUCUAGAAAUCCAUCCCAUAAACCUGCCCAAGUCCAUCCCCUACCCCCCACUCUAAUGAAACAACACUCAGUCAAACCUGACAGGCUCCUCCCGAUCGAAACUUGUACUGACCAAGAGAAUGGUCAGGACAUUCAAGUCCCUCAUCUCCGUAGCUCUUAAUCUCUGGCCUCCCCACUGUGCUAUCCAUAGUCACAGGCAAGACCAGAGAAGCAGAGUGCAGGAUUUGUCUGGUGAUGGCAUGAGGAAUAGUUCUUGAUUCUAUCUAAUUAUCACAGGGAGCUUAUUAACUGCAUCAGGUGAGGAUCUGUCUGUGCUUGGGAAUGUAGAGCCCCACUUUUCUGUUGGCUAUUUCAGGAAAUAAUCCCAGUGAACUGCCUGUCUCAUUAGAGCCCCUUGGUGUCUCUACUGGAAAAGUCCUGAUUUCCUUUGUCUGGGAGAACCUGCACCAGGGGACUUCAUUAGCAGCUGAUCCUGCUGCUGUUGCAAAGAGAAACCCAAAAGAGCAGCAUCCCUGUUCUCCUUGCUUGGCAGAGCCCAGGCCAGACCAGUGACUGGCUGCAGCUUAGCCUCAGAGCUCAGUGGGUUUGUUUAGAUGAGAUGUGCCAGUGUGGAUCAACAAGUGGUGGCUGCCCUUAACUUUAAAAUACAACUGCAAUCUGAAAGGUCCCAGUAUCCUGUGCUCAUGCUAGUGGCCUGGCCAAGAUCAUUGCAUGCUGGGACUUGUAGUAUUCUUGUGAGCUGCCAAGGCCCCCCACCCAUGAUGAUAAUGGACACAACUGGCAUCAUUUUAUGCAAAUUAGGAGCCACCCUUAUGUUGCUGGCAAAUGGUUGAUGGGGCCUCAGGUUAGGCAAAGUGUGGGCAGGCUCUCUUGGCUUGGGCAGAUUCUCUGUGCUGUGCCGAGCAGGGGAAUAGGGGAUAUGCUUGAUUUUACUCUGAUCCCCAAGAAUUGGCAGGAGCAAAACCUCAUGGCACUGUAGGGCAUGGAAGAGAGGUAGGGAACGUGCUAUUCCCAUGUCCCGAGGGCUAGUAACAGUCACUUCUUACAGUCCUUUCCCAAGGCUUCAGCUGCAUCCUCUGCAGAACAGGCCUGUGUCACAGUCUGUAAAUUGCCUCUGGAUUUCAAUCUUUUUUUGGUUGUGCAUAGUGGGGGAAAUCUGAACCUUUGGCUUCUCCUCUAACCUCUUCCAACGACGUCUCUUGAACCUCACGCAGAACCAUGGGGUGAGCUGCUUCCAUCUCUCACCCUUCUUGGGCAGUAUUCCUCUUUCCACGCUCUCUCCUCUUCUUAUGAAAGCACUUUGGGUGAUCAUCUCCUCCCUCCUUUAAUUUUAAGCUCAGGGUUUCCGGGUAUUUUUAAGUGCACAUCCGCUGUAAGAGUGACCACACACACACUCAUCGCAAUUGUACAUAAAAUCCACCACAUUGCAAACAAGAAAACAAACCAAUUGGAAGUGCUGGAACUUCUAAGAGAGCACCCUAGGUUGUAAAAUAAAGAAAACAAAUAUUAUAUAAUUUAUAUGUAUGCAAAGAACAAACCCCCCUGUAUCUAGUCAAUAGCGAUAUUAGUCCUUUUUUUAAUGUUCAGCCCUUUUUUGCAUUUGAAAUUUGCCAAACCUUUAUCGUCAGUAGUUAAUAAUUCGGAGUAGCGGUAGCAUUUUUUAGACUGGUGGGUUAAUCCAGUAGUCUGUUUCUUUCCCUUUCUUGCUCACCUCUGUAUUGUUUGCAAAUAUCUGGAAACGUUUACAGGUUGCACCUACAUACUCUGUAACUUUAAAUAUUUUUUUAAGUUGUACUCUUGUUCUAUUCUGUGCAUUUUUUUUGUUUGUUUUUUACACGUCGCCGAAUGAUGACCAUAACGUGGUAUCUUUAGCUGGAGAAAUGAUUCCUUCAGUUUUUUUCUGCCAAAGGUGGUUGUGGUUUUUUUUGUUUUGGUUUGGUUUUUUUUGCUAUUCUCAUGUUUUUUUCCCUGUUUUACUGUGUGUGUUUAUAAUUGGGUUGUAAUUCAGAUGAUACACUAUUUAAUUUUCCCCCACCCCAUCCCCUUGUGUAUGAUUUAACAGUUAUGGACAUUAGAAUGCAUCUUCUUGCUAUAGAAGUCUAGUCUAAAUGAUGUAAUCCUGGUUAUUUUCUCCUCCUCUUUAAUCCUGUACAAAAGAAUAAGAGAAACGUACAAUCCCACUGUACUUUUUGCACGGAACGCUUGGCAAAUAAUUCUGUCAGUGAAUUUGAGACUUGUAUUAAACACUUUAGACAUUUGUAGAAGGGAAUUCAUAGAGUUUUCACUUAUAUACUAAAGGUUUUUUUGUGCGGUUCUCAUUGCAAAAAUAAACAUUUGUACUGAA